AUGACAUUCGCUAUGGUAACAAUCUGCAUAUACUUCUUCAUCGACUCAACAAGCGCUGCGUGCAACGUCUGUCAGGAUAAUCAAGUCGCAUGCAUCAAUUCAACAUCUUUCUAUCUCUGCUUUGGGGAUAGUAAUCCCAAUAUGGACGUGCUGUAUCACUGCAAGGAGGGCUUCGAGUGUACCGAAUAUAACGCCAUCUGUCUGCAAGCGAGUGCAACACGUGCGCCCAGUUGUGGUUCCACAUCACUUUGUGGACAAUGCACGGCUCAGGCUAAUGCGCUCUUCGCAUGCUUAAGUCGCACCACAUUCCAAAUGUGCUAUGGCGCUGCGCAUCCCACCGGUCAGGUGGGUUAUUGCCCCAGUGGAUUUGUUUGUGACGCAACGAGUGAUGCGGUCUGUGUUAGUACCGCCGGUACAUAUACUGUUACCUGUGAUGUCGUCGAUUCUUCUACUGAUACGACAACAGCCACUACACCCACUACGGAAAGUACAACCCCAACUAGUACAUAUCCAUUGACGCCGAAUGAAGUUUGUGCCCAACAAACACGGAGUGGUCUCUAUCCGACCAUACCAAACGAUCCCUAUUGCAAAAUGUAUAUAUACUGUCGGAAUGCGAAAGGAGUUGAAUACUCGUGCCCUGCGAAUACAUACUUCAGCAUAGAAUCUAAAGCUUGCACUAUUUAUAAGCCAACAUACUGUACUUGA